AUGAAUUUGGUCUCCUUGCUAUGGACCGCAUCUGAAGUUACGCCCGUUAGCAUACUCAAUGCGAGAUCCCUCCCUCCUCGACGAGUCACUCCGCUGAUAAUCGAUCCACUACCGGAAGAACACCGGCGAGGUCUCAUCGCUGUUGCUUCUACGUCCCUGCUCUCUACAAUUGCGACUGGAGCGCUAUUAAUCUUCGUUACCUAUCGCUUAGUCUUCUGGAGAAAGUACUAUUCGACAUACAUCGGAUAUAAUCAGUACAUCAUCCUGAUCUACAAUCUGCUGUUGGCAGAUUUCCAACAGGCUGUUGGGUUUUUGAUGGCACUACAUUGGACUGUUAGAGAUAAAAUAUCUUACGACUCCCCAAUAUGCUUCCUCCAGGGAUGGCUGCUGCAGAUAGGUGAUCCAUCCAGUGGAUUGUUCGUUCUUGCAAUUGCCGCCCACACGUUUGGAAUCGUGCUCAUGGGGAGAAAGCUGUCUCACCGUUGGUUCGUGGCAUGUGUGUGUGGUGUUUGGGCGUUUGCGCUUCUUCUAGUAUUGAUUCCCACAAUUCAGCAUGGGAGACAUGUUUACGUACCGUCUGGCGCUUGGUGCUGGAUUGAUGAAAAUUAUGACGCGGACAGGUUGUGGACACACUAUUUUUGGAUUUUUGUGUCCGAAUUCGGAUCCAUCAUGCUCUACGCACUUCUUUUCUUUCACCUACGCCACCAGGUCGCUCAAUCAGCGAUUCUAGGGCGAGGGCAAACUGAUAACCUGCGACGGCUGAAAAGAGUGAUUGGAUAUAUGGUAUUGUAUCCCAUUGCAUACAUUGUCCUAUCACUACCCCUUGCCGCUGGUCGCAUGGCGACCGCCAGAGGUCAAAGGUUGAGCGUCUCUUAUUUCUGCACCGCCGGUGCAGUAAUCGCCAGUUCCGGAUUCGUGGAUGUGAUCAUGUACACUGUGACCCGACAAGCUCUCCUCAUCGAUUCUGAACCCAGUAAUGUUGACCGCUUCUAUAAUUCCCAACGUGUCGGACAUAGCCACGUUACGACUGUCACUGCGGAUCAUAAAAUGUCCCGGCUGGACAACAGCAUCCUCCAUCGAAGGCAGAUGACGGAAACUGACACGCAGCAUGAUCGCGAAGGGUCUACAGAUCAAAUUGUGCAACCAGUAGAGCUCAGUGAGCUUGGCAAGGUUUACCAAAAGACGACGAUUGAGAUCACAACUGAGCUGGCGGACGAUACCGAUGCGUCGCCUGAUAGUACUCUGAACGAACCGCGACCUCCUCCACCAUCUCACCGAUGGGAAAGGCGAUGA